UUAAUAGACCUGUAGACUAAAAUCUAGUACGACACCAACUGCACACUAGAUACCCCGCCAUCAUUUAGCCCAUAGUGAAAUCAUCAUCAUAUUUUUUUCUCCAAGUUCUGUAAAUUGGAUUCCUUCCAACUUUGCGACAUAAUAUCCUGCAAAUUUCACAACACACAAACUACUUGAGAGGAACCAUAAUACUUUUGGAAAGUCCUGCAUAUAAUACUUUAUUCAAAUAAAUCCCACAAAAAUAAAUCGCAUCUGCAGAAACGAAAAAGUUAUGCGCCUUCUUGAACAACAUAUCGAGCGUGAUGGCUCUGGAACCAUCACUCUCAUGCCAGAAGAACCAGAAGAUAUGUGGCAUGCCUACAACCUCAUAACCCCCACCGACAUCCUACGCGCCAGCGCCCUCCGCAAGAUCAGCAGAGAAACAGCCACCGGAAGCGUAACCACCACCCGCACACACUGUACCCUAUCCAUCAGCGUAGAGUCCUUAGAUUUUGAUCCGCAAGCCGGUCAAUUACACGUCAAAGGUCGCAUAAGUGAAGAGAACUUAUACGUCAAGGUCGGCGCAUAUCACACUCUCGAUCUGGAACUGAAUCGCAAAUUUACAAUCGCCAAAAUCGACGGUUGGGAUUCCGUUGCGCUAGAUGUUGUGAAAGAAGCUAUUCGAGAGGACAGAGAGGGCGUGGUCCCUGCGAUCGUGAUGCAAGAGGGAAUGGCCAAUAUAUGUUUAAUCACCGAACAUCAAACCAUUUUAAAGCAGAGAAUCGAAACCAGGAUACCGAAAAAGAGGGCCGGGAUGGCGGGAGAUUUCGAUAGUGGAAUGAAACGCUUUUACCAGACGGUACUCGAAACACUCCUGAGAUAUGUAGAUAUUACUCAACAACGCCCAUUAUUACUCGCAAGUCCCGGAUUCGUCGCACAGGGCUUUCAGAAAUUCAUACUGGAGGAAGCAAGCAGGACCGGAAAUAAAGCCGUAUUAGCCAAUAAGAAUAAUUUCGUCGUGGUACACAGCAGUUCGGGCCAUCUUCACAGUCUCAACGAAAUCCUCACGAGCCCAGAAGUAUUGGCUAAACUCAGCAAUACAAAAUAUGCCCGCGAAACACGCUUUAUGGAUGAAUUUAUGACGAUGCUUCGGAAAGAUGACGGUAGAGCAUGGUAUGGACCGGCUGAAGUGGAGAAAGCAGUUGAGCAGGGUGCGGUAGGAGCAGGCGGUGGUGUUUUAUUAAUAAAUAACGAAUUAUUUCGAAGUCAGGAAAUAGGGGUUAGGAAGAGAUGGGUCCAAGUGGUAGACAAAGUUAAAAACGAUGGAGGGGAAGCGAGAGUUUUGAGUAGUGAUCAUGAAAGUGGAAAGAGGUUAGAGGGAUUAGGUGGCAUUGCGGCGAUAUUGACGUAUCCAUUAGAGGACCUGGAUGAGGAGAGCGAGGCGGAAUUUGAAAAUGAGGAGGAUGCGACGGCGAAGGGAGUACAGGCUAUGGUUAUAUAAUCCCCUAGAUGGAAUGUUCAAGUGAGUAAUAUGCCUAUAAACUCAUGAUCUCAUCUCUUGGGUUAGCGAGAUUGAAGAAUAAUGAAAAAGAUUAUGACUUGUGAACAAUACGCGAAUGCGAGGUUCCUAGUAUCAUCUUUUUCAUUUUAUACUUCACACUUACCUACAUACCUACUAUCACUCAAUCCAUCUAAUAUUACUUUACCACCUACCCAAAAAACCCCUUCA